AUGAGACAAGUAGAGAGUCAAUAUAAUAAUCGGCGUUACCGUCUACUUCAAGCUUACCGAAACAACAAGCCAAGGCCACAACAUGUCUCACCAGAAGGUUGGCAAUGGUUGAUAAGGAAUUUGUGGAUGGAUGAUGAUUUUCAGAAAAGGAGCAACCAAAACUCUAUCAACAGAGGAAAGCAAGAGAUGGGGUCCAAAGUAGGAACUAGAUCAAUUGCUCAAAUCGCUUAUGAUCUGACCAAACUACAUGAAGCUGCUGGGAUACAUCAAGAAAAGAUUUCUUCUGCGCCCGUGCCAAUAGUGGAGCACUUCGCACUAGUUCUUGGUCGAAAGCCAAACCAUUCACGUGGUGUUGGCAUUCGUGUUGUAAACCGAGUGGCUGAGGAAAGAAUCAGAUUGCAGGUGCAAAUUGAGGCUUCAGAACAGCGUGAAGCUGCAGCUCGAGCGCGUCGCAGAUCUUUCUUUGAGCAACGUCUUUGA